AUGAAUAAUAAGAUUAAGAUGAAUUUUAAUAUAGACGACCACUAUAAAGAUACAAAAAUUUUGGAUCUCUUAGAGAAAAAAUAAAAUCAUGAAGUGAAAGUUUAGAUGAAAUGA